GUGAAAUUCUCCUCUGUGCAGAAACGAGGAAUUCACGUUUCGACUCGAUACUAGCAGUACCCCAUAACCCCUGGGAAUAUCAAAUGUGUGCGCCGGCCGGUUGGGAUAUUCUCGCUUCCUAUUACAGUCAUAUUCUUCUCCUUCAUUUCAAAGACCCUCCGUGCUGUGUAUAGUAGUAGUUCAUUCUUUCACGUGGUUCAAUGAUUCCUAUGUGCUGACUUUCGAAUUACGCUAGGCCUUCAAAACCUUUUGGCAUGUGGCCCAGAAUUUCGCCGACAUUCAAUGCGUAUUAGAGCUUUAUGCUCAGGGCUUCAUGGAGACUCCUACUACCCUGGACUGGGUCGACAUUUCUAGCAAGAUGCAUUCAUUCAAGAGAUUGGCAUCCAUAUGGCAGUCUGACUUCCAUUUGAAUUCCGUUUUGAAGAAACAGCAGCUGUUGGCAUUGUCCUGUCGCGCUCAUGUGAUACUGGUCGUCGAUACUAUGGCCAUUUUUGCGACAAAGGCCACAGUCAGAGAUACCUGUCGAGAUUCCUUGGUCCGAGUGGGGACCCAACAAAAUGGCAUAUGCCCUGCCUCGUAUCGUGCUCCUGAAUCCGGACAAAGACUGGAAGAACUCCCUAUAGAGCGUUCCUUCUACGUACACAUCUGGGACUUUAAUAGAGCUAUUUCUCGCUUUGAAGACUCGGGUAAUGUCUACGAUUACAAUUCACCAGGUCGUCUCAUCUGCAGGCUCAGUCAGCAGGCUCAGAUGUGCUUCACAAAGGACGAUAGAGACAUUAUCACGAAUCAUCCCUACACCACUGUCUGCCCUACGGAUUUCUCGACGCGUCAUUUUGACUGUUUUUUGGAACUGGAUCGACUUACUUUGAUUUUGGCUCACCCUGGCUCGGUUCAGAUCUGAGUCGUUUCUCCCUCACCGAUAAUGCUAACCUCUGAAGUUGGCUUGGAUGUUCUACGUGGGCUAAAAGCACACAGCCCAGAGCUGCAGCAGACAAAGGAAAUGCGGUCUCGCCGCAAGACGAAUA